AUGAAGGGCGCUACUGAGUUAUCGUCGUCUCUGGUGGUUGAGAGGGUUGAGGAUGGUGGAGAUGAGGAUAGAGAAAAGAAGAAAAAUAAGCGGCGAUCUAAUCGUCGAUCUAAGCAGAACUCUCGUAAUCAAGCGUCUAGUUCAAUAAAUGAAGUACGUGGGGAGUUGUCACAUUCCUUUGGAAAUGGUGGCAAAACGAAAAAUCAUACAUCAUCUAUGAGUUGCUCUUCAUCAAGGCAGCCAGAAUUAGAUGCUCAUGGACCGGAUGAGAAUAGGCUGACCUCAGCCUCAAAUGUUGCUUUCAAUUCCAUGCCUAUUAUGCACAUUCAUGAGCAAGUGGAACCCCUAUUACCAUCUGCUCUUGGUGGACAAGUAUUUUCGAACUCAUGUCCUGAACCUUUUGCUGCUGGAGUUCCCUUUGAAACAUGCGUGAACAAGGAUGCACUCACCUUCUAUCAGUUUGAUGGUAAUGCUAGGGGUAAAAUUUUUACUCCGUACUGGUCCACGGACGCUAUUAAUGAGGCAUUAGAGAAAGGUGAUGCAUUUAAGGCCUUAUUUCAUGUGAAUGCUCACAAUAAGGUUGAGGCAUAUUGCAAAAUUGAUGGGGUUUCCACGGAUGUUCUCGUCAGUGGAAUUGCUGCUCAGAACAGAGCUGUGGAAGGAGACGUUGUGGUCAUCAAAGUUGAUCCAUUGCCAUGCUGGACUAAGAUGAAGGGCUCCAAUGGGCCAUCCACUAAUCUUUCUUCGGUGGAAGAUAGCAAUUUGGCUGUAGAAGCCCAUGAGUACAAGCACAAAAGUAAAAUGGAAGAUUAUGAGUGCACUAAUCCUGGAAGUUUCUCCCCUCCUCAGAAAGGAAUUCAUUGUGAGGAUGGUGCUUGUAUUGACGAAGGUGUUCGUCAGGAAUGGAAUGGUCCAGUGGGUUAUAAUUUGGUUAAUGGGCAUCAGCCAUCUGCUUCAGAUUCUUCGCAUUUUAGCUCUACUGGGCAGAAUGAUGUCAUGAAUGGUGUGGGUAGGCUAUGUGCCAUGAUCAAUUCAUACCCAUCAAAACGCCCUACUGGUAGAGUUGUGGCCAUUGUUGAAAGAUCUCCUCGUCGAGAUGCUAUUGUUGGUUUUCUAUAUGUCAAGCAGUGGUUAUUUUACAGGGAAGCUUGUAAGAAAGAUGGAAAAAAGAACAAAAAUUCAUUAUCAAUCUCUGCCCAUGAGUAUAUCCAACUUACUCCCACUGAUCCAAAAUUUCCUAAAAUGAUGGUCCUCAUGAAAAGCUUACCUGACCCUAUCAAGAAAAGGUUGGAGGAAGGAGACCCGACAGUUGAGAUGGAGCUGGUAGCUGCGCAAAUUGAUAAUUGGGACGAAGAUAGUCCUUUUCCACAAGCCCAUGUCUCGCAUAUUUUUGGAUGGGGUAGUGAAAUGGAGCCACAAAUCAAUGCAAUUUUAUAUGAAAAUGCAAUUCGUUGUUCUGAUUUUUCUCCUGAAUCUCUGUCUUGCCUACCAUGUGAUGCUUGGAAAGUGCCAGCAGAGGAAAUUAAAAUUAGAAGAGAUCUUAGAAAUUUGUGCAUAUUUACCAUUGACCCUUCCACUGCCACUGACUUAGACGAUGCUCUCUCAGUUGAAAGGCUGCAAAAUGGCACUCUCAGAGUUGGUGUCCACAUUGCUGAUGUCUCAUAUUUUGUUUUACCUGAUACGGCCUUAGACAUAGAAGCUCAGAGUCGAUCAACAAGUGUCUACAUGUUGCGGCGCAAAUUACCAAUGUUGCCUCCACUUCUUUCUGAGAAUCUAGGCUCACUUAAGCCUGGAGUAGAUAGACUUGCCUUUUCUAUUUUCUGGGACUUGAAUGGUGCUGGAGAUGUGAUAGAUCGUUGGAUAGGUCGCACUGUCAUACGAUCUUGUUGCAAGCUUUCAUAUGAACAUGCUCAGUAUAUGGUUGAUGGGAUGAUUGAUGAGGAUGCUUCUAGUACUUAUGGAAAUGGCUUGCCACAGUUGCAUGGCCCUUUUGAAUGGGCAGAUGUCAUUAGAUCUGUCAAGAGUCUCCAUGAAAUUUCAAAAACUUUAAGGGAGAAAAGGUUUGAUGAUGGGGCUUUGCAGCUUGAAAGUUCCAAAAUUGUUUUUCUAUUUGAUGAAUAUGGAAUUCCAUAUGAUAGUAUGUUUUCUGAACGGAAGGACUCCAAUUUCCUUGUCGAGGAGUUCAUGCUUUUGGCAAAUAGGACAGCUGCUGAAGUUAUAUGUAGAGCUUUCCCAGAUAGUGCUUUAUUGCGGAGGCAUCCUGAACCUAAUAUGCGGAAGCUAAGAGAGUUUGAAGCUUUUUGUUGCAAGCAUGGUCUAGAAUUGGACACCACUUCCUCUGGUCACUUCCAUAGGUCAUUGGAGCGUAUCAGGGAAAAGCUCAAGGAUGAUUCUAUGUUGUAUGGUAUUCUUAUGUCUUAUGCUUCAAGACCAAUGCAAUUGGCAACCUACUUUUGCAGUGGUGUCAUGAAAGAUAAUACAAAUGAUUGGGGUCAUUAUGGACUUGCUGUUCCUCUCUAUACACAUUUUACUUCACCAUUGCGUCGGUAUCCCGAUAUUGUUGUACAUCGGACAUUGGCUGCAGCUGUAGAAGCAGAGGAGUUGUAUAUGAGAAGUAGAAGAAUAUUGCAUAAUGUAAGCAUGAAAGAGGAAGUCACAAGGUGUUUCACUGGUAUUUAUUUCGAUAAAAAUGCGGCUGAAUCCUUGGAAGGUAGGGAAGCAUUUUCAGCUGCAGCACUUAAACAUAAAGUUCCCUGCACAGAACUACUUUCAGAUGUUGCUGCUUACUGUAAUGAGAGAAAGCUAGCUAGCAGGCAUGUCAAGGAUGCCUGUGAGAAACUGUACAUGUGGGUUUUGCUGAAGAAGAAAGAGGUUUUAUUUUCAGAAGCUAGAGUCUUGGGUCUGGGGCCGAGGUUUAUGUCCAUUUAUGUUCAAAAACUUGCUAUUGAACGGCGAAUAUAUUACGAUGAAGUUGAAGGCUUGACAGUAGAGUGGUUUGAGGCUACAUCAACAUUGGUGUUAAGUUUAUGUGCAUUCAAACGCACAGUUAGAAAGGCUGGGCCUGGUUAUUACAAGGCAUUGAACGAGGUUGCAUGGCUUGUAAAUCCAUGCAACCUGAAGGUGGAUCCUGCUGCAGUUGAAGGGAGUGCAAUUCAGUGCAGUAACACACAAUUAGAUGAUAAUGACAUGCCAUCUCAGCAUGUAGAUCCCAUUUCAGAGUCUGAAAUUGAUCCCUUAGUUUUCCCCCUUACCGUGCGUCUUCUUUCAACAAUUCCUGUUGCGCUUCAUGCAAUUGGUGGGAAUGAUGGACCCACUGAUAUUGGAGUAAGGCUAUACAUGAGCUCAUAUUUUGGCUAAACGUUAUCAUAUGAGCUUAUUACAUUUGCAACUGAAUGAGCUGAUGUGGUAAUGAAAAUGAAGGUAAUAGAGCUUGUAAAGAAGACGAGCUCUGUUGUAGAUAAGCAUGGUAGUGUAUAGUUGAAAUAGUUAGUAAACGAGAGUCUGGUUUAGAGUCAUUUAUAUUUUCUCAACACUGUUGAAACGUCUAGUUUAAGGUGUAGAUAUUACCGGCCUUUUAGCUCUGGUAGCUGUUUUUAACAAAAGCUGCUUCAUGGGAUUGGCCCUUGUUUUUGUAGGCCAGUUCUAAUGGUUAUUAAGAAGUUUGACGAGUCGAGGUCGAGUUUAAGCUUUUAUUUCUCUUGUAAUUUGAAUUUCUGCAGCCCAAUAACUUUUAAUUUUGGGUGGCUGGGUUCUGCUUCUUACGUGUUAUGAACAGUUAAUAAAACGCUGAGGAUUUUGCCUCUUUUAAUU